GUGCUUAACAUUGAACAUGGCCAAUCAGUGUGUUUUAUCUCCUCCUCUGGGGGGAGUUAAUGUUAAUAGAAAGCAUUGCAGAGAUUAGAAACAUGGCUUUGGAACGUGUGAAAAUUCGCCUUGGACCUGACGAAGCUUUAUUAUUCCAAGUCAAGAUUAUUGGAAACGACACUAACGAAAAAGGAGGCUUUGUUGAAUACAUCGUGCAGACAUCUCAUCUUCCCUCGUCAGCGAAUUAUGCGCUCUCGGACUUAUCUUCGUUGCAAAAACUUGAGCUACUUUCUUGGACUGUGCGGCGUCGUUAUUCGGAUUUCAGGAACCUCAAAGCCGUCAUUCAGGAAUCUUCUGGAUUGGAUUUUUCCUUCCCUGCUAAGAAAAUCACUGGGAAUUUAAAUGAAGAUUUUGUAGCGUCGCGGCAAUCCGGAUUGCAAGGUUUUUUGGACCAAGUUCUAGCUCAUCCCUAUCUAAGGACUUCCACGGCUUUGAAACGAUUUCUAGAUGAUGUUUCCUGGCGAGAUAAUUUCCAAGACCUGGCUUUGCAUUCCGUGUCCAAUUUCUGUCGGGCCAAUGAGUCAAUUCAAAUCGAGAGAGUCCUUCACAACAUGGGAUGGCGAACCCGGAAGAUUUUCUUUCAGGUAAAGGGACCAACCGGGUCCAACGAUGAGAUGUUCUUGGUGUGGAGCCAACUUCGUUUAGCAAACCAGCUGUCGGAGAAGACAAUGCAAAGCAUAUGCAGAUCUCUGUCGCUAAUGGAGCAUCCUUAUCUGAGCACUGUCCACGCAUGUGCCUUGUCCAAUGCUGGGGGUGUAUUUGUUCGAUAUAUGAGUCCCUUGGGAUCUCUCCGUGAUAUCAUGCAUGGAUCCCGACCAAAAUCGCCCUUUCUUCGGAAGUACGUUAAGACGCAAAAGGUCCGGACUUUUCCAGAGCCCGAUUUGUGUCUAAUGAGCUGGCAAAUGUUGCAUGGGCUGAUGUUUCUUCGCGACAAGGGCCUUGGUCAUGGCAACCUGACGACAUCCAACGUUCAUUUUGGAGGGGGAAAUGUAAAGAUUGCUAGUUUCGAGAACUUCUUCCUUGGAUUACCAGGGUUUUAUCGCCCAUGGGCAGUGCAGCUGAAGCAACCUUCAAAAUCAUUGGCUAAUUUUGAUGUCUAUUGCUUCGGGCAUGUCCUGUUCGAACUUGCAACAGGUUUUCCUUUGAACCAAACCACAAUGAAAGAGGCUCUCUCAAAACAUUCUGAAGAAAUGAACUCUCUACUCUGGUCCAUUCUAUCGUUGGAAUCUACCAAAGCGUCGGAUUAUCCCUCGUUUGAUUCCCUUCUCCAUCACCCAUGGUUCAACGAUUUCCGAAACAAGACAUUUUCAUCACCAACGCUCAAGUUCUCUCAAUCCACCAAAGAAGUGAUUGCCAAAGUGAAGCAAGCGGUUGAAGAACGCCUCACUACCGACCACAAAUUAUUCAAGGCUUAUCAACGGGAUCAAAGACGCAAAUCCGUCCUAAACUCGAACACAGAGAAGCGCAAGCGACAACUUUUGAGGGAGCUUUCUGUACCCCGCAACGAAACGCGGGUCACUCCUACAAUCCAUCCUACACCACCGUCUGUUACUAAAGCGGUGGUAACCGAGAGAAAAGUAGGUAAUGGAAGUGGUACACUACCGUCGUCACACCCACCCCCUCCCCCUCCUGCACCAUCGAAGAUGCCCAAAGACGAGAUCAAAGAACAAAAUGCUCCUGGGCAUGUGGCGCCAAAUUCCAAUCGAUCAGCUCUUUUGGGUUCGAUCGCAUCGUUUCAAAAGGGCUCCUUAAGGAAGGCAGAAACCAAAGAUCGGAGUGCGCCCAAGAUUUGAUAAAUUGAUCUGAUCAUGUUUAUUCUUAAUCAAGUGAUACAUCGAGUUUUUUUUUAUGAGGGGAGGUUGGACCGAAUGAUCCUGUUACAAAUACAAACUUUUCUGAUGAUUACUAUCACAGCAAGACAGAA